CAAUCAAGUGGAAUUGAAGAAUAUUCACGAUGCGAUUUACGUCGACAGAACGAGACACACGAGUUGACGAGACAAAGUGUUUACAAGUCGUUGCAAGAGUGAUUUAACAAAAUGUGAUUAGACACUUUCUCAGCAAUAUGCAUACUUGCAAAAAUAGAUCUAACAGAGCUACCGGUUCUUUAUCUAAUUUUGGAUUGACUCGCACGUGUCAAUUUAUUUUCAUAAAAUUGAUAUAACGCACAUAAAUAGUCUUGUAUUUGUAGCUGUUUAUUUUGCUCUCGAUUGUAAAAUCAAUCUUGAACGAAACCGGCGUAAAAUCAGCAUAUUUUAAACGUCAGAUAUAACAUUGCACACUCGAGAAUGAUAUUCAUUGAGUUCGGUACCCUUGCAAGGUUUGACUCAUUAACGAAAAUAGAACCCUUCCGUUUGUUCCGAUAUUACGUGCAAAUAUCGGCAAGGAAGCUUGACCGCAGCCUGUCCGGAAGUCAGGCUCUGGAGAUUCGAUCUUCUGUCCAAUUUGGCCUGCCUCGGCCUGGUAAUUCUCUGAUACACGCUGAUAGUCUUAUCGACAUCUCACGAUACUGCUCCUGGCCGCAGGAUCCCACCGCGCCGUUUUUCUAAUUAACCCCAAUUGCCAAUCUGCGCCUCGUGGGAGGGAGAUGUGAUACUGUCAGCGAGAUUGGCCAUUAAUCGCUCUAUCUGCAGCGGAGCUUUCGGAAACACCGGCGUCGCCUCUCGCCACCUCGCAACAUGGUACAUUAAAAAACACAUCUCUCAAGAGUGUUUUCUAGAGGAUCCCCGUAUCACCAGGAUGUCCUGUGCGGUUAGAGCUAACGACGGUCUGCACGAGCGCGAACGUAAUUCGCGGUGCAAUCGCUCUUCCGACAUUUCUGUAGUCGCCAAUUUGUUUAAUUAUCUUUUCCGGAAGUCACACUUAUGUUUCUUGAACCUCGCAGUAAUCUCCGUGUCCUGCUUCUCUGCUGCUCGAGAUGCGUUACUCUAGAUUCUACUUUGCUCAAUAAUAAUCGAGUGACUUAUAAAUUAUGAGAAUUAAUUCAACGUUUUCAAAUGCUUAACGUUAUAUUUAAUUCAUGUAAAAGGUAUUAUGUGCAAUAUAAAAUAAGGAUUUAAUUAUUUAAGUAAAAUUACGGAGUAAAAUAAAUUUGGACUGUUAUGUCAGUGAUAAUAGCUACUUUCCAUGAUCGGUAACUAUAGUUUAGUGAAAAGGGGUAUAUAAUUUGAUACUUAUAAACUUUGUCUUAUUUUACUUAGUUCCUCCUGUAAGAUAUUUACUCUCUCGGUAAUAUUUGGACACGCAUGCAUUUGGCCUCGUGUAUCUACUUAACGGUAGAUUAAUCGAUCAUUGAUUGAUCGUUUGUUAAACCCUUCAAUCGUGAAACGUCAACUGCCUAUAUAUUCGACGCAUGCAACUACAUAGCAAUCAAUAGACGAAUUCACAAAGUAUCGCACACGCGCAUCAAUCAUCGAUCACAAUAGACCCGUGCGAUGCAAAAGAGUCAUUUGCUUUAUAACUCGCUAACUACUUCAUCGCCAUAGACAAACAUAUAUUAUUAUUUUCACAGUAAACAUCAUGUGACACACAAUGGACAACUGAUAGAAUAAUUUUCAUUAACCGCCUAUACGCCAUCGCCAAUAAUAUUCUAAUUAUUGUUCAUCGGUUAUAAAAUGACUCAUAAUAUACUCCUGUAAAAUCUUAUGUGUCGUGAAAUCUAAUUCUUUCAUUUUGUUUAACAUAAAAAAAAUUAUUUUUUGUCGUUGAAAACGAAUUUUUUAAUUAAAAAUAAUAUGCGUUUGUUUUAGAAACUGACAUCUGCUUACGUUAUUCUUCAGAAUUAAACAGCUGUGAAUAAUCGAAGGUUGCACCACGUCUUCGGAAAAAUUUUUAAUUGAUGUACGAAAAAAGAGAUUCUUCCCACGAUUAAUUCGUUUAGGGUGUAAGUCGCGGCUAGAGCGCCACUUCGCUCUAAUCAUCUUCAGGGCCUCUCGAGCCACUAUCAUCAGGGAUAAUGUCACGUAUGGUUCAACAAGUACACUCGUACCUCUCUGUCAAGGGAGAAAGUAUUCCAGCACUUGUAUCCCACAGGAGUCAAAGACCCCUGGCUUUCGAGGGUUUUCCAAAUAUUGUUGUUGUAUCAUAUCGGUUACUAACCGUGUGUGGAUCUGGAGUGCGUAUCUUGGUUACCCCCCACGUGAUCGGGGUCUCUUCUUUACGAUCAUCACCGACCAUGAGCGCGAAGAUCCGCUAAAUCGUGUUUAUUCUGCCGAUUAGGACUAAAUUUUGGAUAAUCGGUAUUGGUAUCGUAUAUGUUACGGUUAUGCUUUCUGCACUAUUGUGAUCACCUCUCUUAAUUGAUUGUAAGUUUUAAUGUUUUCUUUACCUUAUGAAUUAAUGAAUAUUAUAAAAUUUGAUUCGGAAGCAAUGUAAUAUUAUUUUAAAAGACCAAAAAAUCAAAGAUAUCUCUGUCUAAGAAAGUUUUUUUAAUUUGCUGGUUAAAAAGAGAUAUUUAAAAAUUUUGUUAAAUUUGUUUUUAUCUUUAUCGAAAUUAAUUGAUUUUGCUUUUGAUUGCGCUGAUAAUGAUAAAUAUUUCCAUUUAUUUUCUAUGUAGACUAAUUUAGGAUUAAAUCUAUGGAUUAUUGUAUAAGCAAUUUAUUUCUUUCCAUUAACCGUGUUGCAUCGAUAUCGACACUCGCAGACGUCCUGUCUCUUUGAGCUUCGUGUCGACAAGCACGCCUUGCAGGAUCACCGUUUUCUUUUACGACUCACCCGCGCCGACGUAAGUCGACGGAUCUUUAAGCCUUUGUUUACUCUCUCGAUUAGAAUGGAAUUGAAGCCGGCAUCGUAAAAUUGAUAUUUUUAACGUUUUAUUGCGGUAUACGACGUGUGUGGACUGCUUUUCAUACACGAUUCUAGAAUGUCGUAGAAAUAUCAUCUGCUUUUUCUUUCCGCUCCAUUUAAACUUUUAAGGGAGAGACGUAUUAUAACAAAACAAAUCUGUAAUUUAAUUAUUUAAUGUUACCGUUGCAAUAUCGAAAUUAAUCGUGAGAAAACUUUGAUCGUAAAAUUAUAGUGCUUCCUUCCUUCCAUUCUUCUCUGUCUCUCCACGACAAUUUGUCCUCCUCUUCGAUGCACCUGCCAGCUCGUCGCUAAAACGGACGAUCAUUUGCUUAGUCGUCGCUGAUUCACACGGAACUCUCCCUGUUUGCAGAGGACUCUCGAUCUCUCUUCGCAGGUUUCACGGCUGGCUCGAGGACGCGCAUAAAGUUCGUAGUUUGUUUUUAGAUAGCCGAUACACCGCGUAGAUAUCUUUCGAUUCGGAGAUAAGACCGCCGUUAAAAAGGGCCCGUCGUAUCCGGCUAAAGCGAGUUGUACAAACAAAACCAGAUUCGUGUGAUGUUCCUUUGUCGCUUCGAGCGUGAUAUAAUUGCCACGAGUAGAUAAUAUAUUUAAAUGCUGUCAUUGGGAAUGCGUGCUUGUACGCAAAAUUAAAUGUGUUUAAAACGUACAUAUUCUUAAUUUUGACUUUAUUUAAUAUUGCUAUUCGUAUAAUUAUACUGUCACAUAACUCGCAUGUUUUUUUAUCAUAUAUUUGCAGCGCAACGAGCUGCGAAAAAAUAAGCGCAAAUUAAUUUAACAAUAUAUGUAGGAUAAAUCCCCUUUAGCCUCGAAUACUUACUAACGCAUCAAAAACAGCCGACAAGAGGACAAUAAAAUUCUUAUCACAGCAAACAUCCUCGUCUUGGAUGUCACUUCGUGCACGCGGCAGCUGCGUACGAAGAAACGUGCCGCAGAUAGCGCAUACUCCAAUUGACACUUGUUCUUGUAUGCCUAGGAUUCCGUCCAAGGGAAAAGUCGUAAAGAGAGAAAGAGAGAGAGAGAGAGAGAGGAAAAAGGAAAGAGAGGGUCUCGUAAAUAUAAAUUUAUUUCACCUCUCUGGUGCAAAACCAUUCAUGAUUUUCCGACACCUUCAUCGAAACGCAAAGUUUACACGAAGCCACGACCUUUCCCGCAACAAAACGCUCGUACUUGCGUUUAAUAUCACGAACUGCGGCUUUAUCGCGGGAACAACGGGCUACCGCUUUCUCAGAAAUGACCAAUCAAUACGUCACGUUCCGGAAAGUCGUCUCUCAUCACUGUUCUAUGUGCAAACCUUUCUUAGUAAACAUAAUUUUCGCAAAUGGCGGCAAAUAUGCAACUAAAAAUGCAACAAAUGUUUAGUAUAACUUUUUAGGAAGCAGCGACGAAGGCGAGUCGACGUCGGGCGCGACUGGCGGGGGUGGAGGUAGCGAAAACGCAGAAAUGGAGGAGAACGGAUCGACUCGUACGAGCAGCAACAGCAGCAGCAACAACAAUCCCUACAGGGAUCUAAGUCAGGCCGGUGGCGAAAUUCGGCAGGAUUACAAUCUGCAAUCGCGGACUGUUUAUCAGGAGCGCUUAUUCUCAUCGGGGAUGGAACUGCGACAGCGGAAAUUCACGAAGGAACAACCGUCGCUGUCUUCUAGGGACGAGGAGAUAAAAUCUUGUUGGGACUACGGCGAGAAGAACACGCGGAAGGAGUACUCGAGGUCGCGGGACUACAGCAAUACGGAAUACCAGGAUGCGAUAAAGCAGGAGCCCAAGGAUCACUCGAGUCGCGAGUGGGUGUCACCGGUUUCGGAGGUCGAGAUCGGCGGUUCGGCACCCGGGGGCCCGUACGUUCGUGCACGCAAAGACAUCCCUCGUGGCACGAGAUUCGGUCCGUUCCACGGCAAAUGGGCGAGCGAGCCUUUCAACCCCCGUUACGCGUGGGAGGUACGCAUAGCGGGGAGCGGAGUGAGAGGCUGGUUUGACGCGUCUCACGAGACGAACAACUGGCUCAAAUAUAUUCGAAGUACUCCUAGCUCACAUGCGGUUAACAUGCGCCACGUACUCAUCGGCGGUCAGAUGAUGUAUGAAACUGUUCGCGACAUUGCAACGGGUGAAGAGCUACUUUUGGGUCUUCGGGAGCCGCUUCAGCUGCAGGACAUGCUGGGUGAAAAUAUAACCGAGGACAGAAGCGAUCGUGAAACUGCCUCUCAGCACAGUGGAACUGUCGAUGAGGAUAAGGAGGACGAGGAGGAAGGAGAAACGAGGUGCACUGUCUGCGACAAGCCAUUCCAAGAUAUCGAGCUAUUGGAUAGCCACCUGGUGACUUGUCAUAGAUAUCCAGCGGAACAACAUCGUUGCGACAGCUGUCCUCGUGCUUACGCCUGGCGGCCGCUUCUGGUGCGACAUCGUGCCAUCGUCCACGGUGACCUUCGAAAUUAUCCCUGUGAAAAUUGCCCGAAGUCGAACAUCCGGCAGGUCUUCACGGACCCAUCAAACCUACAACGCCAUAUCAGAACGCAUCACGUGGGCGCGAGGAGCCACGCUUGCACGGAGUGCGGUAAGACCUUCGCGACCAGUUCCGGCCUGAAACAGCACACUCACAUCCACAGCAGCGUGAAACCCUUCCAGUGCGAGGUCUGUUUUAAGGCGUACACCCAGUUCUCCAAUUUAUGCCGACACAAGCGCAUGCACGCCGACUGCCGCAUGCAGAUCAAGUGCGUUAAAUGCGGACAAUCCUUCAGCACGGUGACAUCGUUAUCGAAACAUAAGCGAUUUUGCGACUCCACGACCCCGACCGGUCCGCCUGGUACGAUGCCUCAAUUACCGACGCCAGCAACGAGCCCCUUUCUGGUAUACCCACGACCUCCUGUGAGCCUACCAGGCGGUUUGCCUUUUUAUCCACCUAGUUUAAUGGGCCCUUAUCCGGGACUUUUUCCGAACGCCCCGAAUUUUCUGAACACGCCUCUGCUUUUCCCGCCGAAAAUCGAGGAGGCCGAGAAAAGGAGCGACAGUCCCAAAAAGGAACGUUUUACUCCUCCACGAGUAUUAUCACAUCACAAUAAGGUUUCUCCUUCCACGGCAGAGGAAGCAACCUCUACAUUCAGGCCAUCUCCGGCUAGACCUCCCGUUCAACCGACACCGGAGAGUGACGACGAUCUUUCGAAGAGAAAAGAAGCAGCCAGAAGCAAUGAACGAAAAAUGGAAACCGAAAGCACUUCGAAGGAGGAGACGACCGAGCAACCGUUGGAUCUAAGGGUGCAGACUAAGAAGCAGGACACCAUUUCAAAAGCCGCGGACAGGAAAAGCCGUACUCCGUCGCCAGCGCCAGUACCAAUGGAGGGGACACCUGCACCUCCUGAUCCCCCGAAACCGGAAGAAGAUAUUGCCGCUCCGCCACCGAUGGAGCUCGAGUCUAAGGACAUUCAAGGGAGUAGUCCUCACUUGAGAACAAGCCUGUCAAUCGAACAACCACCGACCAAUACACCGCCGCAUAUGGCUUAUCCCAGACCGAUACAUCCAAUGUUUCUCGAAACGAUGUAUCGUAGUCCUGCGGGAGCCUUCCCGGGCUUUCCCAGCGCACCACCACCUCCAAGUGGAGCUACCCCAGAAUCUCGGCUGAUACCUACGCUUCCACCCUUCGCUCCACCGCGCGGGCUUCCUUUUUUAGGCUCGCUUAUGAACGGGCUCAGCGGCGCUAGGCCAGGAGGAGGAUUUGAUCUGCUUGCCCGUCCGCCGCUGAGCGCGUUCCCUGGUGUCAAGCCGUUUCAGGAAGCCGUAAUGGCGCCCCAUCAUCACCAUCAUCAUCACCAUCAUCAUCACGUCCAUGGCAAGAUGAAGGAUCGGUAUUCCUGUAAGUUCUGCGGCAAAGUGUUCCCCCGCUCGGCAAAUUUAACGAGACACCUGAGGACUCAUACGGGCGAGCAGCCGUACAAGUGUAAGUACUGCGAAAGGUCUUUCAGCAUCUCGAGCAACCUGCAGAGACAUGUGAGGAAUAUUCACGAUAAGCAGCGGCCGUUCAAGUGUCCGCUUUGCGAAAGGUGCUUCGGGCAGCAGACCAAUCUGGACAGACAUUUGAAGAAGCACGAGGCUGACGACGGUAGCGGAGUGGUGUCGGUGGCCGACUCGCCUGGAAGCAGUAACGAGAACGAGCGGGAGGACACCUACUUCGACGAGAUCAGGUCCUUUAUGGGCAAGGUUACUUACAGCGGUGAGAGCGGUUACGGACUGCCGCACCCAGCUUAUAUUCCCAAUCGUCUGCACGAGAUGAACGAAUCCAAAAUGGAGGUUGAAUAUGACGAGGACGAGGACAGUGAGGAGGGUGCAUCUCCUUUGGAAGAGACGGAUGGACUGUCGCCGAUCGAGGCCAAGGAAUCUCCGUCGCCGUCGCAGUAUGACCUGAAACUGAGGGAGAAGCAAGAGCUGCUCAAUAAUAAUACCGCAGAGCCGGUGAUCGAGAUUUCGACAUAGCCCAGAGAUCAGUCUGGGUGGUCUACGUGAUCGCUUCUAAGAACAAGGAGAACUUGGCUUCAGUAAAAUGUACAGAACUAUUGUGGGAUAUACGUUCGUCUUAGAACUCUCGAUUGUGACGGCGUUACUUCGGAAAUAACGUCGAUGCAGAAUUAUUUAGCUUAGAACGAUCCGCGUACUUCGACUUUGCAGAAUAUCAAUUAUUUGCUUCUACAAAGCGAACAAUUCUCGAGUAUAAUCGGGUUAUUAUUCUUCGUGAUCACACACCGUGACGAUACCGUAAAACCUAUGGAAGACAGCUUAUAGUAAUAAUUAUAAUUAUACAUUAAUAUAUCUAUACCGGAAUUUUUUAGAAGAAAUUUAGUAAACCCCAUUAUACUUGUAAAACAGGUGCUCUGUAAAAAAAAAAAAGAACGUAAAGAACUCGACGAACAUAACAAAGUUCCCCGAAGAUUCUUGUUACUUAAUCCUUUUUUACACUCCACGUUUGUUUGCACUGGAAAAGCGUAUUGUAAAGAAUAACGAAUGGACCAUUUAGCUCCCUUACACACGCAUGUCACAAGCUCUUCUAUAGUCUAGUUCUAUAAUUUCUACAGAUUUAUUAUGAAUAUAAAUGCGCACUAAAUUUAAUAUUAUCCCCAUUUCCGCUCCUCUUUGUCCUUAGCGUCGAUUAGACGAAGCGCAUAUCUGUAAUAUUAUUUAUUACUAUUAUUAAUAAAAAAAAAAGUUAAUUUAUCGUUAUUAUUACAUCAUCGCUCGGCAAAGAGGAUCAUACGUCAGCGAGAACGAUCGAAGCGUCUCUGCGAGAGCUCUGCAAAUUGUUAAACGGCUUGCGAUGUAUCCACUACGAUUAACGUUCCAGCCACUUAUGUUUUUUAGAUCCUAAAUAUAUAUCUAUAUGUAUCUGAUUGCGUUAUUCUCGAUUGGUUUGUUUUUGAACGGCAGUGUUAGUUGCAUCGCGUUCAGAACGCGGGCGCCCUUCGAGAGUUCGAAAUUAGAUUGUUGUAAAACUUCAGUCGUAAGAUGACUGUAAUCGCUUUAAUCAGUUUGAAGAUUUCCCCCAAGAUUGUUAAAUUAUGUUGGAAUAUUGCUGAACGAAAUAACAUAUUACAAAAAGAAAAAUUUCACCUUCUGGAUGCAGGAUCUAGCUGCAAAACCUAGGAAGUAUAAGAAAAGCGAAGUAUAAAAAAAAGUACACUUUCGCAUCGUGUUCGUGCAUCAAAAUUGAUGUAUAUUAGUCCUAUCCGCGAAGCCAAAGCGACGAAAAGAAAAAAUUAACGUAUCGCGCGUAGUCACUUAUUAUGUGCGAGAAUGUGUAUAAUUAAAUAAAAUUGGAAGGCAACAAAAUCCUUACGAAAAACUGUACAAAUUUCCACAAUUAGGUGAUAUAACAUUUGUAAAGAUAAAAAGGAAAAAAAUUUCAGCGUAAUUUUUAUUAAUAUAUAAAUACAAUUCUAGAACGGUUUUUCUUGCGGUAGGCAAGACAGGAGAAUCAUGUAAGCUAAAGAAAAACGUUCCUCGCGUUUCACUGAUCUAGUAGAAAUAUUAAAAUGCGUGUCCCCAACGUGUCACCGAUGGAACGAGGAAAUUAAUGAUGAUGAGAGAUAAGCAUAGUAUACGCGUAUACAUGUGUACCAAGUACGCUCGCAAUUAAUAAACAAAUGAAACAAAGAAUAUAUUAUUCGUUUGUAAUCACCGAAUUGAGGCUUGUUUUUUCACAUAAAGGUUUUACGAAUACACAUUCUACAUAUCUCUGUUUCUCUCUCUCUCUCUCUCUCUCUCUCUCUCUCUCUCUCUCUCUCUCUUUCUCUCUCAUUAUAGACGAUAAUAAACUUAUGAAAUGAUUAAGCAUAAAUAUAUUGAACGAAUUACUUAAGGAAAACUAUAUUAUGACGCUGUCUAUCUAUACAUACUGUAUAAAGGCAUCCUGUAACUUCAUUAUGAUUACUAUUAAAAUAUUACACUUCAA